CUGUGUGGUCAGGAUCAUUUCCGAUGAGAACGGCCAUUUUCUCUCUCUCCGGAUUUGUUCAUUUGCAACAGAUAUGGCCGACUAUUCAAACGUGGCUCCGCCGUCGGGAAAUGGCGCAGGAAUGAACGACGCUUUUAAAGACGCACUUCAGCGAGCAAGACAGAUUGCGGCAAAGAUCGGGGGGGACGGCGUGCCCCCCGCGGCGCCCUCAGGCAGUGAGUUUGGCUAUGGAGGCCAGAAGCGACCCCUUGAAGAUGCCGGUGAGUACGACCAACCAGAGACCAAGAAGGUGGCACCUAAUGACCCGUUCUCAACAGCGAUGGGGAUGGGAGGAAUGGGAGGUGGAGGAAUGGGAGGUGGAGGAAUGGGAGGUGGAGGACCACGAUCGUCGUCGGAGGAGUUCAAGGUUCCUGACGGAAUGGUUGGAUUCAUUAUUGGAAGAGGAGGAGAACAGAUAUCUCGCAUGCAACAGGAAGCGGGCUGCAAAAUCCAGAUCGCCCCCGACAGUGGAGGAAUGCCUGAUAGGUCGGUGACACUGACUGGAUCCCCAGACUCCAUACUAGCUGCCAAGAGGCUGCUGACGGAGAUUGUUGAUAAGGGUCGUCCUUCUCCAGCCUUCCACCACAACGAUGCUGGUGGCCCCGGUAUGUCUGUCCAGGAGAUGCUGGUCCCUGCCUCCAAGGCUGGCCUGGUCAUCGGGAAGGGAGGAGAGACCAUUAAACAGCUGCAGGAGAGGGCCGGGGUCAAGAUGGUCAUGAUCCAGGAAGGGCCUCAGAACACAGGAGCGGACAAACCUCUACGCAUCUCUGGGGAACCUUUUAAAGUCCAGCAAGCCAAGGACAUGGUGAUGGAGCUGAUCAGAGAGCAGGGCUUCAGGGAGCAGAGAGGAGAGUAUGGCUCCAGGAUGGGAGGAGGAGGAGGAGGAGGUGGCGGCGGUGGAGGAGGAGGAGGAGGAGAGGGUCUAGAUGUUCCUGUCCCCAGGUUUGCGGUAGGAAUCGUGAUCGGGAGAAACGGAGAGAUGAUUAAGAAGAUCCAGAGCGACACAGGAGUCAGGAUCCAGUUCAAACCAGAUGACGGCACUACCCCGGAGAGGAUAGCCCAGAUCAUAGGUCCUCCAGACCAGUCCCAGCAUGCAGCAGAAAUCAUCACUGACCUUCUGAGGAGUGUCCAGCAGGGGGGGCCGGGCGGUCCUAACGGAGGGGGCAGGGGGAGAGGCAGGGGGGGUAACGGGGGUGGUAACUGGAACAUGGGUCCUCCGGGAGGAUUGCAGGAGUUCACCUUCACCGUCCCGACCAUGAAGACUGGACUCAUCAUCGGCAAAGGGGGAGAGACCAUCAAGGGCAUCAGUCAGCAGUCUGGAGCGCGUAUUGAGCUCCAGAGAAAUCCUCCCCCCAACUCCGACCCCAACAUUAAGAUGUUCACCGUCCGAGGAUCUCAUCAACAGAUAGACUACGCACGGCAGCUGGUCGAGGAGAAGAUCGGGGGUCCAGUCAGUCCAAUGGGUGGUCCUCAUGGCCCACCAGGCCCCCACGGAGGUCCCUCUCCUCACGGGCCCCCCGGCCCACCUGGACCCCCUGCUCAGAUGGGCCCCUACAACCCCGGCCCCUACAACCAGGGACCCCCUGGACCACAUGGUCCUCCGGCUCCCUACCAGCCUCAGGGUUGGGGCAACGGCUUCCCCCAUUGGCAGCAAGGACAGCCAGACCCUGGUAAAGCUGCAGCUGAUGCCAACGCGGCGGCCUGGGCAGCGUAUUACUCCCAGUACCAGCAGCAACCCCAGGCCCCCAUGACGCCCACCGGCGGUGCACCCGGCAACCCACAGGCCAAUGGGCAAGGUCAGCAACCACAGGACUACACUAAGGCCUGGGAAGAGUACUAUAAGAAACAAGGUCAAGCUGCCCCCCAGGCAUCAGCAGCAGCCGGUCAGCCAGGCGGUCAGCCAGGCGGUCAGCCAGGCGGUCAGCCAGGCGGUCAGCCAGACUACAGUGCUGCCUGGGCAGAGUACUACCGUCAACAGGCUGCUUACUACGGACAGGGCAGCCCACAGGCCAUGGGGGCCCAGCCGCAAGCACCUCAGGGCCAGUAAUGUGAAGUGGACAAAAAAAAGCUCAUGCUACAUUGUCAAAAAAAAAAAAAACAAAAAAAAGCCCUUUUUUUGUUACAUGUGUUGGAUGGUGCAGAUGACGUCUUGAUGAAGAUCUUAAUACCCCCCCCCCACCCCCGCCCCUCUGGUUGGUUUACAAAAAAAAAAAAAUGUUUCACAAUAGAUGUGAUGACCACGAAGUCACUCCGGAGACACGACACAAACCGCCGUCCUAUUUAUCUCUUUUGUUUGUUGAUUUUCUUGUAAAUUAACGGUUUUGUUUUUAGUGAGGUAAUAUGGUGAUUUCUAUUCUUCUGUCUAUUCUUCCUGUUAUUAUCUCUAGUCGUCUUACCAUGUGAUAUCAGCUCCAUUUUUAAAUAAUAUGCCUGUGUUUUGCAAUAAACUAAAGUGAAACCUA